AUGCACUCGCGUCGCUACCUGCACACGUCCACAGUCCCAGAACCGGCUAGCGACGCUUGGCUGCGUAGCGACAACAGCGUCGGCCCGACACCAUACAACUUCUGCGCCCACACUCUGCCCACACAUAUCCGGCCGCAGUCACGGUUUCGCCAGCCCAUCAGUGCCACGAUUCGAGUCCGGGACCGUGGUCCGGAGGCGGAGAGGGCGUGGCGCAGCCGGCACGCCUCGGCUCUCCUUACGCCCAGAGACGAGCGUGCCUAUUGCAGCUACUCGUCCAGACUCGGCGCCGCCGAUUCCUUCUCCGACCAGACACUGUCGGCGGCUGAGCGGCUUCUCAUUGUCUACAAGUACCCCGACGCCGAGGCCAAGGCCAACCCGGCCGCGGUGAAACCGAGACCUACAUCGUACGGUCCAUGCGACCAGUCGUUCGCCGCCUCCAGGCGCCACGAACCGGCCUUCUCGGCGACGAGUCCCUUCUACGAGCCGGACAGCGACGCCGUCGCCUUGACUCCGGCCUCCAACCGGGUCUCGGGCUCGUCCCGCGCUGAUGUGAUCGUCCUCACGCCCAGAAGCCGAAUCGCAAAGAGCCCUUUAUGCAUCUCUAGGCUGAACACUCGCAAUUCCAGCCUCCAGCUCGACUACAGCGCAAGCGACUCGGAGGCGGCCAGUGGCGCCAAACAACACGAGAUACACGUUGGUCGAUGA